GCGUUUAUUUUCUUUGUUCUAAAUCGUAAUCACCUACCGUGAAAUACAAUUGAUUUUUAGUCGAUUCUAAUGCAGCUCCAUUGUCUACUGUUUUUAUUUUUAUACUGUGGGUGUGUGUGUUAUGUGAGUGACAGAUGAAUUGACUUGUCCUUGUGUGAAGUGUGUAAAAUGUAAUGCAAUGCAUGUUGCGUUAUUUUAUUGUUGGUUUUAUUUAUUUAUGACUGAAAUUCUGUAUUCAAGCUACGCGAUGUUUUAAAAUAUUAAACAUUCAAUAAAAAAAAUAUAAAGUUUUAUAAAAUAGUGCGUAUAUAUGCUUCGUUCCAAUUAGAACAAAAUGGAAGAAGAGAUAAGAUGUUUUGUUUGUAAAGAAUUCUACAGGGAACCAGUAUUACUACCUUGUGGACAUGCACUUUGCAGAGUUUGUGCUGUCAAUUUACAGACUCAUAUACCAGAAGGAGAUAACUCUGCAGCCUCUAACGAUUACCAAGAAGCGGACAAAGCCUCUGUAUCUAGCGAAACUGACAGUGGAGUAGUAUGUGGAUCAAGGCCUAAUAGUUACGCAGGAACCCCGGCAGCGCCCGCGUAUUCAAGCGCAGCGUUUACAAUAACUUGUCCAUCCUGCAGUAAAUUAGUUUACUUGGAUGACAAUGGAGCCGAAGGACUACCUCCAUUUCGUGUCAUGCGAACUAUUGUUGAGCGAUUCGGUGGUGUUACUGGUGCUCCGCCUGCUGAGGAAGCCUGCCAAAUGUGCGAGGGUGAAAGGCGAGCAGCCGUGGUGAGAUGUGAGCAAUGUUCAGUUCGGUACUGCGCCGGCUGCCGCGACGCCUGGCACCCCACACGCGGGCCCCUGGCUCAGCACGAGUUGCGGCCGCUGGGCACCACCUGUGCAGAUCAUGGCUCGCCUCCCGUGCUCUAUUGUAAUGCCUGUUUAGUGCCCAUAUGUCAGCGCUGCCUUGCUGAAAGACACUCUACUCAUGAAACACAAGCUUUGUCCACAGCUGCCAGGGCUCAUAAGACUGAAUUAUCACAAUCAUUGCAACAUCUAUCGGAACAAGCCAAAGCCAUGACAGAAUACAUACAACUAGUUAAAGGAACAGGGGACAAAAUUAAUGAAUCUUGUGAAGAAUUGGAAAAACAAAUUGACAAUGCUUGUUCUGAAGUAACUCGUGCCAUAGAGAGGAGACGUGAUGAGCUUAUACGUGCAGCUAGAAACACACGGUCUCAGGCCAUAACCAAUAUGCGCUCUCUGACUUCACAUGCUGCUCAGAAACUGCGAGAAGCAACAGCUCUGCUGCACUUCUCCAUUGAAGCUCUCAAAGAAUCUGACCAUGCAGCUUUUCUACAAGUGGGGAACAUAUUGUCGGCGCGCGCGCAAGAAACCGCGUCAAAUCUGUGUUCGUCUUUAGACACCCCGCCCACCGCCCCAGCCCUCACACUCGACGUGGAGCCAGUAUUGCGCACCGUCAGAAGUAUGAACUUCGUGGAAUGCAUACCAGCGGAAUGUCUUAUGAAGUCAUCAGCGCCCGGCGCUCCUGAGAUGGCAGUGGAAGCCUGUGCAGCGCGCGGCUGUUCGUGCACGCUUGCGUGGCGGGCUCCGGCACAACCUCAUGCCGUGCGUGGAUACGUGCUGGAACUAGACGACGGACUGGGCGGACCAUUUCGGGAAGUAUAUUGCGGGCGGGAAACAGUGUGUACUAUAGAUGGACUGCACUAUGCCUCGUUGUACAGCGCCCGGGUGAAGGCUUUCAAUGGAGCUGGGGAAGGUCCUUACAGCGAAGUAAUUGGGCUUCAAACCUCUCCAGUGGCGUGGUUCACGUGGGACGCGCGGUGUGCGGAGGCCGAAGGUGGAGUGACGCUCAGUGCAGACGGACUAAGUGCGGCUGCGACGGGCUGGCAGCCACGCGUCGCGCUCGCAGACCAACCACUCGCUCGCGGAUUGCACUACUGGCGACUGCGCAUCGACAGAUACGAUGGAGACGCUGAUCCUGCUUUCGGAAUUGCUAGAGCGGAUGUUGCCAGAGAUAAAAUGCUAGGUAGCGACGCAUUGGGUUGGGCGAUGUACAUCGAUGGUUCGAGGUCGUGGUUCGUGCAUGGCGGCGCGCACGGUGGUCGGGCGGCGGGAGGCAUUGCUCGAGGUUCCUGCGUUGGUGUACUACUUGAUCUCACUCGUGGCACGCUACGUUUCACUGUAGACGACCAACCCCAGGGUGAUAUAGCAUUUACGGGCCUUCGCGGAGCGUUCUACCCGGCUGUGUCAUUGAACCGCGGUGUGGCCGUCACUCUGCAGCCAGGCCUGCCGCCGCCACCAGACCUGCUCAUAUCACAACUAUCUAUUGAAUAAAAUCACAGCUUAUUACUAUAUCAACAAGAAUGACACACAUUAAGUGAAACUUUGCUAAGUUACAGAGACAGCAUAAUAUCGCUAUGAGCGUACCAGUCAUAACUUUGCAAUCUUAUUACUAAAUGACUACUUUAUGUGUGGCAUAGAUAAACUAUGACCUAACUUUACAAGGAGUUACUUAAUCCCAGAAACAGAAGUCAAGAAUAGAACACUGGCAGUUACAUUAAGUUCUGUGAGUAAAGUCAAAGCAACUCAGUUAAACUUGUUGUUAUCAAGUUUCAUAUCAACUUAUUUUUAGUAUAUGUAUAAUUAUUAAUUAUCACGCCAUGUGAACAAAAAGUACAUUUUUAUUAAGAAUUACGCACAUUAUAGUAUAAACUUUUUGAUUCGUACUUAAUUAAGGAUUUCAAUGCCCACAUAUAUUUAGUUAUAUUUUGUACUUAUUUGAAUACGCCUACUUAAAAGCGCAAUAGAAUAUCGAAUUUACAUUAAGAAUCGUUAUUAGAUACGUAUUUUGUAAUGGCCCAUAGUUGUAAGCUGUGUUUAAAAUGUAAUGUCAUUUAGAUAGAUAUUAGAAAUUGGGAUGUGUGAAAUUGGUUUAGUUUACAAUUAUUAAUAUUUUGAAAACGGUAUGCCAUAAAAAGCUAUUAAUAUAUUAUAAUAACAAUUAUUGGAG